UACUUGUUAAACAUCAUAGCUGAUAGAGACUCAGUCAAUGCAAGCCUGGCAGAGUGGUCGUCAACCUUCAGAGAAGUUCACUGAAAGGAGGAUUGUGGAGUUUUGGUAACGAUGCGCUUGUCGAAAGCUCUGAUAGAAAUGGAUUUGCCAGAUUACACAGCAGCCUUAGAUCCUGCUUACACAACUCUGGAGUUUGAGAAUAUGCAAGUGUUAGCAAUGGGUAAUGAGACAUCUCCAACUGAAGCCACCAACAUGAAUGUGUCUAACAGCCUUGCGGUCGGUGCUCUUUGUGCAAUCUGUGGUGACCGAGCUACAGGAAAACAUUAUGGUGCUUCCAGCUGUGAUGGCUGCAAAGGCUUCUUCAGACGAAGUGUCCGAAAAAAUCAUAUGUAUUCUUGCAGGUUUAACAGACAAUGCAUUGUAGACAAGGACAAACGAAACCAAUGUAGAUACUGCAGAUUAAAAAAGUGCUUUCGUGCAGGGAUGAAAAAGGAAGCUGUGCAGAAUGAAAGAGACAGAAUAAGUACAAGGAGGUCAAGCUACGAGGACAGCAGUUUGCCUUCAAUCAAUGCGCUCAUACAAGCAGAAGUUCUUUCUCGACAGAUCUCCUCUCCUGUUUCAGUUAUAAACAGUGACAUCAGAUCUAAAAAGAUUGCAGUGAUAAGUGACGUUUGUGAGUCCAUGAAACAGCAACUUUUGGUCCUGGUGGAGUGGGCCAAAUACAUCCCAGCUUUCUGUGAGCUAGCACUGGAUGAUCAGGUUGCUUUGUUACGAGCUCAUGCUGGGGAACACUUAUUGCUUGGAGCUGCAAAACGUUCCAUGAUGUACAAAGAUGUUCUGCUCCUAGGAAAUGACUACAUCAUACCACGCAAUUGCCCAGAGCUGGAAAUAAGCCGUGUAGCAACUAGAAUUCUAGAUGAACUAGUUCAGACAUUUCAGGAGAUCCAGAUAGAUGACAAUGAAUAUGCUUGCUUAAAAGCCAUUGUUUUCUUUGAUCCAGAUGCUAAGGGCCUCAGUAACCCUGCCAAAAUCAAGCGCAUGCGGUUCCAAGUACAAGUCAGUUUGGAGGACUAUAUUAAUGACAGACAAUAUGACUCUCGUGGUCGAUUUGGAGAGCUGCUGCUAUUGCUACCCACACUACAGAGCAUCACCUGGCAAAUGAUAGAGCAAAUCCAGUUUGUCAAACUCUUUGGGAUGGCUAAAAUUGACAACUUGCUUCAAGAAAUGCUUCUAGGAGGUACUGCGAACGAGACACCACAUACACACCACUCACUACAUCCUCACCUGGUCCAGGAACACCUGGCAAGUAAUGUAAUAGUGGCCAGUACAAUGCCUGCUCCAGUACACAAUGGGCAGAUCUCUACACCUGAAACUCCUUUACCAUCUCCUCCUGGAGGUUCUGCAUCAGAGCCAUACAAAUUAGUAGCAGGCUCUGUACCACCAGUAUCAAAACCACCAGCAUCCAUUCCAAAACAAGAGGCUAUAUUGGAGUCUCACAUCCCUUUUUCUACCAGCUGUACUUAACUGAACUACAAGAUAAGUACUAACAGUUUGCCUUGCCUUCAAACACUUGCUUCUUCCACAUAAUAAUCGCAGAGGAUUUAUAACCGAAUGAUAAAGGGAUCACACAGGAACCAAAUAUUAAAGUGUAUUACUGGACAAUCAUUCAAUGCCUCCAAUAUUACAACAGCAAUUAUUCUUCAAAAGUACUUUUAGAGUGUGGUGUAAUUUGGAAUGUCCUGCCUUUGUGAAAAGUCCUUUAUAAUUCCAAGUUUUUUUUUCCUUUUUUAUGUUGUUUUGGGGGAAUUUUUGUCAAGGCACUUCCCUCACCUCCUGUUGUUACGGCAGAGAAUCAUAGAAAUUCCAGAUAAUGUACAAUUAACUUACAGGCUCAAUAAUUGUUCCAAAAUCUACUUCAAAGCUCAAGCAAGUUUUCUAUAGAUACAAAUGUUUGCUGCAGUACAAACUAAUAAUAAGGGGAUUUUAUGCAACAAUGAUAUGGAGGCAUACAUGUAUUUCCAGGCAAUGACAAAUGCAAGCUUUUUUAAAAAGCCCAUAAGUAUAUCUUUGGAAAGUAUGGGAAGCCUUGUCAUUUUGUAACACAUACUUCAAGUUUAUCACUUGAAUCCACGCGAGUUCAUUUUUGUAACUUUGUGAGACUGACUUGUGUGUCUGGGAACGUCUGUCUCCACCAACAUGAUUUCAAAUACUAUAAAAGCCAUUAAAUUCAGGGUGCACUACCUCAGAAAUAUUUCACUUAAAAAAGACACCUCUGCUAAUUCAUAUUAAGCAGAUUUUCUCCUUUCUCUGUCCUACAAUUUUUAAAUGAGAAUUGUUUAUUUCUAUCUAUUAAUAAUGAGCCAAUGAUAUUGUGUUCAUAUUUUAAUUUCAGUUUGUAGGGAUAUAUCAUUUAAAGUAUAUUCUAUCUUUAAUAGAGGUAUAAAAUGUGAAAAUUCACACGUUCUUUGCUUUAUCAGAUGCCAGAGUUAUAAAUCCAAAUAUUUUUAUUUUAGUGAUUAAAAGCCAGGCAGCAAAGGUUAUUUUUGAUAUGAUUAUUACAGCCAGAUUAUGCUGUGAAUUCCUUCAUCUAUAAACAGAAUUUCUGUGUUCUAGCAUAUUUAUUAAAAUCCAUUUUUAUAUCAAAGUGAUUUGUUUUAUCCUUGUAUAAAGAAGUCCCAAAUUCACACAAAACAACUCACCCAAUAUAAUGUGUCCUUCAUUCCUCUGGGAUAAUUUUUGGCCUUUUUUAAUAAACUGAAGACUUAACUGAGUAAGAAAAUCCUCACUGGAUUGUAAAGAGCAUGCUAAGAUACACAGUUUAUGACAUAAUAAUGAAUAGAGCAUUUAAAGCAUUUUCCUUGAUCCAUCAUGUUGCGACACAUUGAUUCCUGCAACAUUUAGAGAUCCGUUUCUCAGAAAUCCAUGAAGUGAUUUCAAAAGUUUUUCAAGUAAUCUUACGACAAUGCAUACUUGCCAUUGAUGAUCCAGUGUCGAUUCAACACAGUAUAAAAAAUAUUAUUUCAACCUUGUAAUAGUUGGACAAUCUGAUGGUUAAUGGGAUUUUAUCAUAGGAGGUGGCAUUAGCACAUUGCGCCAACUCUUUUUUUAAAAAAAAAUGGAUUGCGGGACUGAUUGAGUGUACGGAAGCUAGGAUCUAGGGCAAAUUCGCACACUUAAAAUCAAUUAGAUACACUGACCCUAAAAAUCAACAAUAAUGUCAGAAGUCUGAAUUUUUAUUCUAAACCCACAGCAAAGAAACCAUAUAGCUGCUAGGUGCCUUCUGUCUUGACAAUCAAUAGGUGUGCUCUGCUCCAACAGUACCAAUAUUCCAAACCAGCACCACGUGUUGAUAUUCAGACCGGCUGACUGUGCCAUGAUGUGCCACUCAACAAUACCUUGAGAAACUUUUUAACUCAGUGCACUUUGAUAUUCUGAGAAGAGAUGGACUCCCACUGAAGACUUUUAUCAAAUGAAGAAAAAGGCAGGAUUCAUGCUGAGGUUAGCAUUUAAAUCAAAACUAUCCAAUCAGAUAUCAUAAUUCUUUACAUAUUUUCUGCCAACUUAAGUUAUCUCAGGAUUUCUCAAUUUUCAAAAUCUUUCUGAAGUGCAACAUCUUGCCCCAGCUUCAGUAAAAUUAAUGCUUGAAUAUGUGAAUCUAUUUACAAGAUGCAACGAUUUUGUUUUUUGAUGUGUUUUUAUUUUGUAUUUGAGUUGGAUAGAAAUGUUUCUUUUCAACAUCUCUGAUGCAAAUAUGAUGCAUUUAUUACAAAUCACAAUUCUGUUAUCAAGGGUUGAUAUCCCAACAAGUUUAGUGACAUUCAUUUUGACCUUUACUUGUUUCCAAUACAUAUGCCUGUAGUAAACCACUAACAGACUUGUCACUACAAAUUUUGCACUUCCUAUUUUUGAACUAUUUCAGUACUUUCAGCAACUGGGUGUUUUUCUCAUGGUCAUAACUGCCAGAGGCUCAAAAAUGUUUAAAAGAAAAUAGUUUUUCAUUUACCUGUGGUCAGAUAACAUUUAUUUGUAUAUAACAAAUAAAACCAAUAUUGCUAAUUACUUUAUUCUAAUAUGGGAGUAAUUUUUCUUGUAACUAUGACAUUAUUAUCAUAAAUAAUGUUGAUGAUUGAUGACAAUUAAGACAAUUAAUGAUAGUUCUUUAACAUAACUAUACUUCAUACAAUUUUUUGUCCUUGCAAUUUUAACUUUGCAAGGUAUUCCUUUAUUGGUGCAUCCUUGCAAAUGAAAAUGUUGCUGUAAGUCUCUGAAUACUGCCUCAUUGCUGAAUACUGUAAUUAUUAAUGUAUUGUUGCCAUUCUUUUAAUCCAUGU